GGCAAAAAUGGGUUCGAAAAUAGGAUACCCCGACUGGCAACUCAACGUAACAUAUCUUGAGCAGCUUUACAAACAGCUGGUUCACAGGAGCCGCAAUUGUGAAUGCUUUCUACAGUCCAGAUAACAACGAAAUGGUGUUUCCUUCGGGCAUACUUCAAGGUGUGUUCUAUCAAUUUGGUCUUCCACGUUCUCUCAGCUUUGGAGCUAUCGGGACGGUAGUCGGACACGAAAUGACACACGGCUUCGACGACACAGGAAGCCAGUUUGAUGCAGAUGGCAGGCUGAAGCAAUGGUGGACCGACCAAACACGCACGCAAUUUGAUCAAAAGGCUAAGUGCUUCAUCGAGCAGUACGGAAACAUCACCGACGAAGAGGCCAACAUGACGCUCAAUGGUAUAAAUACUGUUGGUGAAAACAUUGCCGACAAUGGCGGUAUUCGAAUGGCUUACCAGGCUUAUGAAAGAUUACUAAAAGAAGAAUAUAAGGGUGUGGACACUCGCCUACCUGGACUAACACACCUAUCGGGAAAUCAACUAUUCUUUAUUGCGGAAGCAAUGGUGUGGUGCAGUCGAUAUCGCAAAAAAAUGCGACAGCUGCAAAUUCAGUAUGACCCACACAGCCCCGCCGAAUACAGAGUAAACAUACCAAUGCAAAACAUGGAAGAAUUUGCCACCGUAUUCAAGUGUGCAAAUGAUUCGAAGAUGAAUCCAGAGAAACGGUGCAGAUUAUGGUAAAUUGUGCUGGUACAGCAUAAUAAAAGCAACACAGAAAGGAGGAGGCCCAGAUGGCAAGUCACAUUACAUGGAUUAGACAACUGACAUUACUGCUGAAUAAUCAACUUCCCAAAUAAAGACUGUCUUUACUUAUAA